AUGGGACAAACUAUAGAAGAGCUAAAGAACAGACCUCAAGGGACAUUGGCUAGCUCAACCGAGCUUCCAUGCAAUCUAGGGAAUGCUGGGAAAGAACAUUGUCAAACAGUCGCCUUAAGAAGUGGAAAGGCAGCGAUAAAAGCUAGAGAGGAGCCUUGCAAGACUGAAUCAAAGGAACAAUCUACGAUUGAAUCAAAGCAGCCUUUAUCGCAGACUGAAUCCAUGAAGUCCAAGACAACCAGGGAACUAGAAGAUGCGAUCACCUCUAAGCCUCCAAACCAUGAAACACUGGAAGUACAGCUACCUUCAUUUCCUCAAAGACUAAAAAAGAAACAUAAUGAUGAAGGCCAGUAUCAGCACUUCUUGGAAAUAUUGAAACAAUUGCACAUUAAUAUUUCAUUCAUAAAAGCGAUAAAACAGAUGCCUGUGUAUGCGAAAUUUUUUAAGAACAUCGUCUCAAAGAAGAGAAGCAUAGGAAGAUUUGCCAUGGUGGCAUUGACACAAGAAUACAACACUAUAAUUCCACCAAAGAUGUGUGACCUGGGCAGUUUCACAAUACCCUGCUCAAUAGGAAGAAUCUAUAUUGGCCAAGCAUUAUGUGAUCUCGAGGCAAGCAUAAACUUAAUGCCUUUUUCAAUUUUCAAAAGAUUGGAUGUGGGACAACUAACACCCACAACGGUGACUCUUCAACUCACCGAUAGAUCCUUGGUGCACCCUGAAAGGAAAUUAAAGGAUGUCUUGGUAACAAUAGAUAGAUUCAUUCUACCUGCAGACUUCAUUAUCUUAGAUUAUGAGGCAGAUAAAGAUGUUCCAAUGAUAUUAGGACGACCAUUCUUAUCUACUGGUCGUGCUCAAAUAGAUAUGCAUAAGGGAGAAAUCACACUGAGUGUCAAUGGGAAGAAGCCCAAGUUCAAUAUUAUCAAGGUAAUGAAGUCCCAGGUGAGGCUUAUCUGA